AUAACCAAAGCGCAAACAAUUGUAACGGAGAAGCACUGGAACAGAUUGUUUUAAAUGUUGGCGGCAUUAGGUACGAAACAUAUCGAUCCACUUUGACAUCAUAUCCAAAUACACUUCUUGGAACAAUGUUUGCUGAGCGAAACAAAGCUUUGGUACAUCCAGUUAACGGCAAUGAAUAUUUUAUUGAUCGUAAUGGCUAUGCUUUUUAUUAUAUAUUGGAAUUUUAUCGAACAGGCAAGAUCUUUUGGCGUGAACAUGGCCAAUAUUUACGAUUACCUACCCAACGAUCAAAUGGUGCAGUACAAAUACUGAGUCAUCAAAUCACUCGUGAAGAACUUGAAGAAGAAUUGCAUUAUUUCCAACUUCCAAUAAACAGUAUAUGGUCUUCGCUGACUCAACGAGCAGCAGCAGCAAGACUCGAUUCGUUUGUUGCUGCACUUAAAGAAGUAAUUUAUCAAGUAUUGGGAGAGCUUAAAUCAAAAGUUGAAAUCGACUUUCGACGAAACCAGCAUCAACCUCAUGUAAAAAUUUACGGAACUGAUACCGAUGCUGCAGUAAUAUUUCACGUUAUAAAUAAUAUUGUAAAACCUUUUGGAUCUGUUGGAUACACUCUUUUAGAUAGAUUUGGUACGGAAAUUGGUUGUCAUCUUCAACGCACAAUUCCGGAACUUCAUUGGGAACUUCAACAUGUUGACAAUUAUAAUUGGUAUUGUGUCAAGAUGUCUACUACUGAGGAGUUUGAUCAUAAUAUAAUUAUUCAAAAUUCCUGCCUCGCCUCUGCUAUCUCUACUAAACCUUUGCCGAGCGGGCAAGUUUGA